AUGGCCACUGAUCUGAACGGAAAGAUAGACAUAAUCUACAGUGAGCUAAUGAGGAAAUUCGACGCUUUAAGUGGACACAUUAAGAUACUGGACGGUCAAGUCGCGGAAAACGCGACCUCCAUCAAAAGGGUGACAGGACGUCUCCCUGGCGGAAAAUGCCUCAACCCGAGCGCAAUAGAAAUCAACUAUGCAGAGAAACGUGCUCAAGUUGAGAAAACCGGUGAAAGUAGGUCACGACCAAUAGCCCUCGAUAGUCUCAACCCAGAAUCAGAAACACCUCAAGAGAAAGAGUGGUCCAACGCUGAGGAAGCAACCAUCAACCUCGAAGGGGAAGAAGAGGAGUUAGAAGAAGAUGUAGAUAUCGAUCGACAAGAAGGAACGAACGUCGAUCGACCCAACACAACACAUACUAAGAGAGAAUUAGAUGAAGCGAUCUGCAAGAAAGCAUUCGAUAAAAUCACGUUGGAAAUGCCAUUGAGUGCUGCCAUAGAAGUUUCAUCAUCAAUAAAGAAAUAUCUAAAGGACAUGGUAUCCAACAGCUUCCCAGCUGCUGAACACAUUGUCAUGAUGGUUUCAGAGGAAGUAAGUGCAAUAAUCCAAGGUUCCAGUGUAAACCUCAUGCCGCACUUUGUCGCGAUAUCCCUGGGAUACGACAAGUUCAAGCUUACCAAAAUAACUUUGGUUCUUGCCGAUAGAUCCGUUAGAGUAUCUGAGGGAGUAUGUGACGACGUGCCAAUAAAGAUUAACGACUGUCACGUACCAACGGAUUUUGUUGUGCUGAAAUACCAGAAUGAACCGAAAGAUCCCCUCAUUUUGGUUAGACCAUUUCUAGCUACAGCUGGUGUGAUCAUCGAUGUCAAGGAAGGUAGGAUACGUCUAAACAUUGGAAACAUUCCGAUGACUUCGACAUGGAAAACCUGA